UAUAUAUGUAUGCACCAACCGCACCAACAACACGUACCCAUUUUAGCGCGAGUCAAAAAAACACCAAGCAAUGGAGUCUGGCAACGUUCUGCUUGCUUCUUCUGCUUCCCACCAAAUAAAAAGUGGGGGAGUAAGGAAUAAUGGAACCCUACUUUGUGCUCCUGUAAUGGCGGAAUCUGUCCAUAAGAUGUUGAUCAAUAUGGAUAAGGCAAAACAAGAGGGUGCUGACCUUGUGGAGGUCCGAUUAGACAGUUUGAAGAGUUUCAAUCCUUAUGAAGAUCUUAAAACCCUAAUUAAAGAGUGUCCGCUGCCCACGCUAGUCACUUACAGACCAACAUGGGAAGGCGGUCAGUAUGAUGGUGAUGAAAAGAAGCGACUGGAUGCCCUCCGAUUAGCCAUGGAGUUUGGAGCUGAUUACAUUGAUGUUGAGCUUCAGGUUGCUCAUGAGUUCAAUGAUUCCAUUUAUGGAAAGAAGCCUGAAAAGUUCAAACUCAUUGUAUCUUCUCACAAUUAUCAAGAUACUCCAUCUGUGGAGGAACUUGGCAACCUUGUGGCAAGAAUACAAGCGGCUGGUGCUGAUAUAGUGAAGAUUGCAACAACUGCCUUGGAGAUCACUGAUGUGGCUCGUGUUUUCCAAAUAACUGUGCAUUCUCAAGUAAGCCGUGUGCCAAUUAUAGCAAUGGUUAUGGGUGAGAGGGGCUUCAUCUCGCGGAUACUAUGCCCAAAAUUUGGUGGGUUUCUUACAUUUGGUACCAUUGAGUCAGGAAUAGUUUCAGCCCCCGGUCAACCAACAAUGAAGGAUCUUUUAUAUCUAUACAACUUCAGAGACAUAGGACCAGAUACAAAAGUGUUUGGCAUAAUUGGGAAGCCUGUCCAUCACAGCAAAUCGCCUAUUUUAUACAAUGAAGCAUUCAAGUCAGUAGGUUUCAAUGGAGUUUAUGUGCCUCUCUUGGUGGAUGAUGUUUCAACUUUUCUCCGGACUUACUCGUCCACAGAUUUCGCCGGAUUCAGUUGUACAAUUCCACACAAGGAGGCUGCUCUUAAAUGCUGCGAUGAGGUCGAUCCAGUUGCGAAGUCAAUAGGAGCUGUGAAUUGUAUUAUAAGGAGACCCACCGAUGGGAAGUUAUUUGGUUGCAAUACUGACUAUGUUGGUGCAAUUUCUGCUAUUGAAGAUGGACUACGAGGUUCUCAUAAUAUUAGCAAUACUGCUGAUUCUCCUUUAGCUGGUAAGCUUUUUGUGGUCAUUGGUGCUGGAGGCGCUGGUAAGGCACUUGCUUACGGUGCAAAAGAAAAGGGAGCAAGGGUUGUGAUUGCCAAUCGCACUUAUGAUCGAGCCAGAGAACUUGCUGAUACUAUUGGAGGAGAUGCUUUAUCUCUUGCUGAUCUAGCUAAUUUCCAUCCGGAGGAUGGUAUGAUCCUUGCAAACACAACAGCUAUUGGAAUGCAACCAAAAGUUGAUGAAACACCUAUUCCUAAGCAUGCUCUGAGAUCUUACUCACUAGUUUUUGAUGCUGUUUAUACCCCCAAAAUUACUAGACUUUUGAGGGAAGCAGAAGAAUCUGGAGCUAUAAUUGUUACUGGAUUGGAGAUGUUCAUAGGACAGGCAUAUGAGCAGUUUGAGAGGUUCACUGGGUUGCCUGCACCAAAGGAACAAUUUAGGAAAAUUAUGGCGAAGUACUAAUGAGGUUUGUUUGGCCAAUCCUUAAUAUUAGCAUUAAAUUCAUUAUGUACCCGCUAAGUUCAAUUGUCAAUCUAACAGAUGAGCGCACUCAUUCAUGUUAUCUAUUGCUCGAAACUAGAAGACACGGAUAUUUCUAUUGGGAAGUCUGUGCAAUCGCAUUAUGUAACAAAUAUUACUAUAAACUCUGUUUCCGAUUUAUAACUGAAGGCAGAACAGAUGGCAAUUGCAUCAGGAAAGUUGAUUUUUUUUGUUUUUUUUUAGUCCAUUUUUUCCUGGGACAGUUUGGGAAACAUUUGACCUUGGUCUAAUGACAGAACCAUGAGUCUGCAAGGCGAUUCUUUCCACAUAAAUUUUCAUGUUGUAUCAUUUCCCUUUUCAAUAACAAUUUGUUGCAGCCUUUA